GAUGUUAAAGCGACGCAUCCACCAGAGAAUGAGGACAUGACCAUCGUACCAGGUCCACCGGUUGGUGCAACACAACCAGAUGUUAAAGCGACGCAUCCACCCGAGAAUGAGGACAUGACCGUCGUACCAGAUCCACCGGUUGUGUCAACACAACCAGCCGUUGAAGACAUGACCGUCGUACCAGGUCCACCGGUUAGUGCAAUGCAACUAGCUGUUGAAGUGACGCAUCCACCCGAGGAUGAGGACAUGCUCGUUGUACCAGAUCCACCAGUCGGUGCACAACAACCAGUUGGUUCUCAGGAUCACUACGACCCACUCCAUCCCCGCCCCGGAGUCUCAACGAUGGGUCCUUUGAAUGUGUUACUGUUCGGGGGGACUGGAGUUGGAAAAAGUUCCAUCAUUAGAUUGAUUAACGAGAAAAAUCCGGCCGAUACAUUGCCAGACGCAGCUCAUUCCAGGCUAAAACAUGCAAACGAUGUUAACCUUGGAGGGUGCCACUUCAAACUUUGGGAAAUUUCCUCGAUUGCAUCGAUGUGUUUCUGUCGGAGGCUUAUUGCAAAAUGGAAACUCAAAAGGUCAUAUAAAAAGCUGCACAGGGACGGUGGGGUGCAUCUUCUCCUAUAUUGUAUGAGAGGAACGACGCCACAGAGUGCAUUGGUAAGGGAUUAUCAAUUGUUCACUGAUAUCGUCGGCUCCACAGCUGGUCCAGGCGGCGUGCCAGUCGCUUCUGUGGUCACCGGAUUGGAAGGUUACCCCAAUGACAUGGAUAAUUGGUGGAUGGAGAACAAGGCCGAUCUGGAACGCCUUGGGAUGCAGUUCUCCGCACAGGCUUGUAUCACUUCGCUCCCUGAUGAUCCAAAUGCAUCACCCUCGAUACGUGCACGUCGAAAGCAAUCAGAGCAGGUUAUCCGCAACCUCAUGUAUGACUCUGAGUCCAAACGCGGCAGUUCCAAUCGAGCUUCGACUUCAUGAAAAUUUGUCGAACUUGGUUACGCAUUGUGGCUCGUGGAGAGGGUCGCCCUAGCGGCCGCGGGUUACUGCACACAGGUCUUACCAUAUAUUAUUAUCCUUUAUGUUACAUUGUACAAGCCCCUUUGGGCGGAACGACGUGUAAUUCACAACGGGCGCGUCGAUGAAGUAAAUGGUAUGUUCCCCCCGACCGUGCAAACCAGGACGGAUGUCACUGUC